UMACCCGGAAAAACAACGAAGAUGCGCUGAGAAUCUCUCUGACUGCUCAAUCAGUCUCGCUGAUUUGAGAAUAUGCAGAAGAAGUAAAAAAAUAAAAAAUUAGGACUUAAUCUCUGCAUCUUUACAUGGAUUCCUCAGCUCGUCUUAGACAUUUAAUACGUGAAAACAAACCACUUAUCUUGGACGGAGGACUAGCAACUGAACUAGAAGCGCAAGGAGCCAAACUACAGGGGGAUCCUCUGUGGAGUGCCAGGCUCUUGCACACAGAUCCUCAGGCUAUAAAAAACGCUCAUUACAGGUUUCUCCUCAGUGGCGCUGAUGUCAUCACGACAGCGACGUACCAGGCGAGCAUCCAGGGCUUCAUGGACCACCUGAACCUGAGCCCUGAUGGUGCCAGAGAGCUGCUGAUGUCCGGGGUUCAUCUGGCCAAAGAGACGGCUGACAGCUUUCAGUCCGGGGAGAGAAGUCCUGUUGUGGCGGGCUCAGUCGGACCAUACGGGGUCUUUCUUCACGACUGCUCAGAGUACACUGGAGCUUACGCAGAGGAGAUGAGUGUCGAAGAGCUCAAAGCGUGGCAUCGGCCGCAGGUGUCCAGUUUAGCUGCAGCAGGAGCCGACGUCAUAGCCUUUGAGACCAUCCCGAGCCUCAAAGAGGCYGUGGCUGUGGUGGAGCUGCUGAGAGAGUUCCCAAACUUAGACGCCUGGCUGUCUUUCUCCUGUAAGGAUGAGAAGCGUAUUUCAGACGGCAGCCUGUUCGCAGACUCUGUGAAGGUCGCCGGCAGGUCAUCGCAGCUGCUYGCUGUAGGAGUCAACUGCUGCCCUCCAGCUGUGGUGGAGGGGCUGCUGGACUCUGCCGGGUCCCAGCUGAGCCCCAGUAUGAGCUGGGUGGUGUACCCCAACAGUGGAGMGGAGUGGGACACGGAGCUGAGAUGGAAGACCUCAGGAUGGAGGUCUGAGCUGAGUCACAYUUGGCUGAAGCAGGGUGCUGCUCUGAUAGGUGGAUGCUGCCUCGUCAGCCCCGCUCACAUCUCCCAGUUACGCCAGCAGCUGGAGGGAAGCUGCAUGUCUUCAUCAAAACGAACAGAUUAAAGUCAGAUUAUGUGAUGGACACCAGCUCCUCGUGACCCAGAAAGGAGAAGCAGGAAAAGAAAAAUGGAUGGAUGUUAAAAAUCCUUUGCAGCAACUGGGCUGAAGGAGAAACACUUGAGCCGGACACUCAUAUUUAUAAUUUUAUUACAGAUUAGUUGUAGCGACCUGAUCACAAUUCUGUUGGAGGAGAAAUAACUCCAUAUAAAGCAAGAUUACUCUUUGAUUAAAGUAUGUAAUAAGGCAGAAGUUGUUGAAUAAGUCACUCUUUUUCAGAGACUCUAGAGCUUUUCUUUAAAAACAUCAGAUCAGACACAGACAGGUGAAUCUGCUGUCAGAGACUCGACUCUUUGGUAAUCUGUUUUGCUGCAUUACAACCCUAGUGGUACACAAAAUACUUGAGAUUAAUUACUUAAAAUGAGAAAUAAUGUUUUUACAUAACUCUAAAGAAUGUAGAACUGAAAGUAUACACCUCUGAAUGUACAUACUGUAGUUUUUUUGCAGCAGCAAUUAAAGUGUAUCUUAACCUC